AUGCGGUUUAGCAAGCAGGGCAAGCUAAGCCCAAAGUUCAUUAGGCCAUAUGAGAUACUUGCAAAGAUCGGGCAAGUGGCUUACCGAUUGGCACUCCCACCAUCUUUGGACGGUGUGCAUGACAUCUUCCAUGUGUCCAUGUUACGGAAGUACGUUCAUAACCUAAGCCAUGUCCUAUCACAGGAACCACUAGAGUUGGCAGUGGAUAUGUUAUACAAAGAGCAGCCCGAGAAGAUUCUGGACGGCAAGGUGGUAAAUCUUUGUAAUCGACCUAUUCACAACGUGAAGGUACAGUGGUACAACCACUCAGAAGAAGAAGCGUCUUGGGAAGCCAAAGUGGAGAUGCGAUCAAAGUAUCCUUCCCAUGGUUUCUUACAAGAUAGUGUUGCCGUGUAUGUCGGUGAACUGUUCUCAAAGGUGGUCAAGCCCAGUUAUAAGAUCAUCAAUUAG